UUGGGACGGAGGGUGUACUCGGUAAAAUCAAUAAGGAGAGGGGGGUAACGAAAGGUUAACGGAAGAAAACUCGCAAGGACUGAGUGGCGGCUGCCAUGGCGGAACCAAGACGACUGAGGGGUCAUAAAGCGGACGCCACCUAUUGUAUCGCUUCCCGGACCCGCCCUGGCCUCAUUGCUACUGCAGCUGAGGAUGGCAAUGUUUGCUGGUUUGAUAUGCGGUGCAAGGAUAUGGCUUUUAAGAUGGAUGUUGGCAAUGAUGAUCCCAUUUCUUCAAUCUGUUUUAAGCCAGGCAAUGAAGAUAUAAUUUAUGUAUCCUCAGGAAAUGAAGUCAAGUCUUUUGAAGUGAAUUUGGGCAAGGCAUCUAAACCGUUAGAGAGCUACAAUUACAACAAGGAUGAGAUAAAUCAGAUUGUUUGCACUUCAAAUUCAUCUUUCCUUGCCGCUGCAGAUGAUAGUGGUGACGUUAAGGUUAUUGACAUCCGUCAACAAUGCCUUUAUAGAACUCUGAGAGCUGGCCAUACAAGUAUCUGUAGCAGUGUUCAAUUUGUUCCUUGGAGACCUUGGGAAGUGAUUACUGGUGGCCUUGAUUCUAAGCUUGUGGUGUGGGACUUCUCAAAGGGACGGCCUAAGAAGAUUGUGGACUUCGGCAUGUCCGAUGUGAGAAAUAAAGAUAGCAACGGGCAGUGUUUGAACCCUGCUUUUGUCCAUGCCUUGGCACUUCCUGAAGUUGAUAUGGUAGAUAAACUUGGGAAGGUUUGUGUUGUUGCCAGGGGCGAUGGUGUUGUUGAUAUCAUAAAUAUUGAAUCGGAGUUGAAUUCUUGUAAAUCAAAAAGUUCAACUAAAGCCAAGAAAGGUUCUCAAGCGUCUAAAGCCACUGAUUCAUCCACUGGUUCUGGACUUGACAUUCAAAAUGGCGGAAGCUUGCGACUGGAUCACGCUUUGGGAGGGCACAAUGCUUCAGUGUCCUGUGUAUCAUUUUCAUCAUUCGGGGAGAAGGGGAAGUUCAUAAUUUCUGGCGGAAAUGACAAACAAGUGUGCGUUUGGGAUUGGUCAAGACCUGUUGUUACCGAUGGAAUAAGCACCAGUACAGAUGUUUUACGUUCCAAAUUAAAUCUAAGAAGAAAGGUCAAUUGGCUCUGCACCACCCCUACCGAUUCUGAUAACCUAGUUGUCUGCGAUACAUCAAAAGUAGUUAAGGUUUAUACUAUUGCGUGAACAAGUAUAUCAUUUAGGUUCUUGUUCAUCGUGUCCCCACAUUUCUGAAUCAAGUCCGAGGACAUCGAGAGUCUGUUCUUCCUCAAACAUCAGUGUUAUAUACUUUGUUGACGACUUUCAUGAGUUUCAUCCACUGCUAUAUCGAGUGGUCAGAUUCUGGCCCACAAUCUUCCAACUUUAGGCUCCAACGGGCCUGCAAUCUUCUCUGUUUCUCCCUUUUUUAUGUUAAUGGUGGAAUGGAUGAGAUGUGAGAGUUGUUUGGUUGGUUUUGGGGUCAAAAUAGAGCAUUUAUAUUACUGUUUUAGAUAAUUUCUUAGUUGGGAAAGAACAAUUGAACCACAAGAAUCUUUAAAUAUUUGUAAUAUUUUGGACUUUUGGUUUGUUAAUUAUAUUGAAUAAUUGCGUUUAUAUAUUUGGAAUUGUGAUGUU